AUGGGGAACAACAACUACUUUUUCUUUGGUUACAAUUAUUUGGGAAGUAAUAACGACUGCUUCAACAAUGGAACAAGACCACCAAUGUUACCACGUUCAGAAAGCAGGAGCGGUUCGCUUUCGGAAAACGCCAGUACAUCUGGUCGUAAUGCGGCUUCCGACCGGAGAGGUGGCGAAGAAAGCAUCGAAGACGGUGGGAUUAAUUCGGCAAGGUUGUUCAGAGAGCCAUCCCCUUCUCUAUGGCAAAGAGCUAGCGGUGUGAUCACUACCAUUUCUUCAUUCAUCUACGGAAGAGAUUCAAAUAUAACAAGAGUUUCCCCUGAGGUUUCCGACAUCAUAGUAGACCAACAAAACAACCAGGAUGACCCAUCCUCUCCUCAGGGCGAAAGUGAGGGUGAAAGUGAGGAAGAAAGUGGUAGCAGUAGCAGUAGCAGUAGCAGUAGCAGCAUUAGCAGGAGAGUUUGGCGUAGGACUAGGACUCCAGGAAGAGUUCGGCCUGUGGUUGAUGACGAAAGUGCUAGCGGUAGCAGUAGCAGGAGAGAAUAUCAUGUGGUUGAAAGGAUUACAGGAAAAGUUUGGCGUGUGGUUCAUAGAGACUCAUCCUCUUCUGAGGACGAAAGAUGA